AUGGGUUUUUCGGCGACGGCGCGGCUCGUAGCUCACGGCCAGCGCGGCCGUGUGUUUCGGAAGUUCCGUGGCCAGCCUCCUAAGCGCUUCGACUGGUUAAAGAACCAUCUCGAUCGUCUGCUGCGUUUAGGACGCAUAGAGUUGACGCUUCCGCGUGCGAAGGAGCUACAGCAAUAUGCCGAGGAGGUCGUAUUUCACGCAAAGAAGGACACUCCUGAGUCCGACCUUCUAGUUGAGAGCAUGUUGCGAAGCCCCGAAGCCCGGCAGAAGCUCUACGAACGUUACGUACCGCUCUACGCGGACCGCCCUUUCUUUUUCACUCGAGUGGUCAAUCAAUGGCGUCUGAGGUUUACCGACGCUGCACCGAUGGCCUAUCUCGAGUUUGUGGACCGGCCGGGUGAAUUGAGGCCCGCUAAGCCGGUUGGAAGCCGCAAACUUCUUCACGUCCACGCGCUGAUGCAAGCUUCGCGGCGCGACUAUCGCAAGUACUACGCAUUCGCCAAGAGUCACGGCAUGCUCGACAGCGAAGGCAAUCUGCUCCCCGACAUCAGUCACCUGAUAGGUGACUCGGAAUCGGCGGUGAGUUUCUGCAUGUCACUUGUUAAGUCUCUUCAGUGGCACGAGAAGGCCGAGACUGUGUCCACGAUUAAUCCUCAGUGGCAAGAGCACCCAGUGAUGCGCCAGCGUCUGGAGCGCAUCCAGUCUGUUGACCUGAAGUCUGAACGCGCCGAGGAGACAUUCGAGUCGACCUAUGAGGAGACGGCUGAGCGGCGAGUGCCGACGAGCAACCCUGACUUGAGCUCUGCUGUGCGUCGACCGCGGUUCAACCCGUGA